ACCAUUUCUAGUAUUAAUCCAGCUAAUUAAGAAAACCAAAUUCCAACAAGUCGACUUUAUGCUUGCUGCUGAUAUCAUUAUAUCAGAUCAUAUAAUCAGUGUAGAUGGCCGGAGCUCAUCCAUUUAUUCCGGCCGAUCUGAAUCUGCCGGAAUAUGUACCAAUUAAGCUUUCUCAGCUAACAAUUCUCGGUGUUUAUGGCUCCGCUUCCCUCUUUGUCAUUCUUUUCGUCUGGAUCCUCGCCGGGCGGUUUCCUAAGAUAUCAAAAACCGACAAACUUCUAAUGUGCUGGUGGGUUUUUACUGGCCUUACACAUAUGGUCCUUGAGGGUUAUUUUGUUUUCACUCCAGAGUUUUACAAGCAGAAGGAUCCUACUUACCUUGCAGAAGUUUGGAAAGAAUACAGCAAAGGUGACUCCAGAUACGCUGGAAGAGAUUCGGCAAUAGUUGCUGUUGAAGGAAUUACAGCUGUUCUAGAGGGCCCAGCUUGUAUAUUAGCCGCGUACGCUAUAGCCACCAGAAAGUCGUACAGUCACUUGCUUCAGAUAGCCAUUGCUCUUGGGCAACUUUAUGGAACCCUUGUGUACUUUAUAACAUCUUAUCUAGAAGGGGAUAACUUUGCUGCAAGCACAUACUACUACUACUUUUAUUACAUCGUUAUGAAUUCGUUCUGGAUUUGGAUACCCUCCCUCAUUGUGAUCAGAUCCUGGAAGAAGAUAUGUGCAGCAGUACGCACACAAGACCAGAAGAAGACCAAAACUCGUUAAAAUUGUUACAUUGGCUCAAGAGACUUCCUUACUGUUGUAAUUUGUCUUUUCACCAUUCACAGUUUUUUACUUUUGCUUGGCAAGUGAACAUAAAAAGUGCUCACCUGACCAAGGAUAUUAGCUCAUUUCAUUAUUCAAACAUGAUUUCGUUAA